CCCACCACCCCAGACGUGGCUCUCAAUGGUUCAGGUCUGGGGUGCGGAGGCUCAGCAUUUGACUGGAUUCCCCAUCUCCACAGAGUUUCUCUUUUCCCCAACUUGUGUAGGAUCCUUCUUCCAGGAUACUCACGAGGCGGACUCAGUUCUCACUCCCCUUGGGUGUCGGGUUUCUAGAGAAGCCAGUGUCGCCGCGGUCCCGAUUCUAAAGUCCCCACACACCACGAGGACUCAGAGUCUCCCCAAAUGCGGAGGUUGGGGUCAUGGCUCCCCGAACCCUCCUCCUGCUGCUCUAGGGGGCCCUGGCCCUGACCGAGAUCUGGGCAGGCUCCCACUCCUUGAGGUACAGUAUUUGAGCACCGCCGUCUCCGGGCCCGGCCGCGGGGAGUCCCGAUACAGGUACGUGGCAGUGGGCUGGGUGGAAGACACUCAGUUGAUGCGGUUCGACAGCGAUGCGGCGAUUCCUAGAGCUGAGCCGCGGGCGCCGUGGGUGGAGCAGGAGGGGCCGGAGUAUUGGAACUGGGACACAUGGGCCGUCAAGGCCAGCGCACAAACUGACCGUGUGGCCCUGCGGAAACUGCUCCGCUACUACAACCAGAGCGAGGGCGGGUCUCACACCCUCCAGGGCACUAAUGGCUGCGAUGUGGGACCCGAUGGACGCUUCCUCCGCGGGUAUCACCAGCACGCCUACGACGGCAAGGACUACAGCUCCCUCAAUGAGGACCUGCGCUCCUGGACCGCGGCGGACACAGCGGCUCAAAUCACCCAGCGCAUGUAUAAGGCAGAAAAAUAUGCAGAGGAGUUCAGCACCUACCUGAAGGGCGGGUGCGUGGAGUGGCUCCACAGAUACCUGGAGAACGGGAAGGAGACGCUGCAGCGCGCGGAUCCUCCAAAGGCACACAUUGCCCACCACCCUAUCUCUGACCAUGAGGCCACCCUGAGGUGCUGGGCCCUGGGCUUCUACCCUGCAGAGAUCACGCUGACCUGGCAGAGGGAUGGGGAGGAGCAGACCCAGGACACGGAGCUUGUGGAGACCAGGCCCGCAGGGGAUGAAACCUUCCAGAAGUGGGUGGGUGUGGUGGUGCUUUCUGGGGAGGAGCAGCGAUACACGUGCCAUGUGCAGCACGAGGGGCUUCCCGAGGCCCUCACCCUGAGAUGGGGUAAGGAAUGAGAUGGUGUAAAGGGAAGGAUGAGAGGCCAUGUUUUUCUCAGGAAAAGCAGGAGCCCUUCUGGAGCCCUUCAGCAGAAUCAGGACUGAGGCCUGGGGCCCCUCAUUUUCCCCUCCUUUCUCACAGUCAUCUUCCCAGCCCACCGUCCCCCUUGUGGACAUAGUUGCUGGCCCGGUUGUCCUUGCAGCUGUGGUCACUGGAGCUGUGGUUGCUGCUGUGAUGUGGAGGAAGAAGAUCUCAGUUAGGGAAGGGGUGAGGAGUGGGGUCUGAGUUUUCUUGUCCUAGUGGGGGUUUUGAGCCCCAGGUAGAAGUGUGCCCUGUCUCCUCACUGGGAAGCACCGUCCACACACAUGGGCCUACCCAGCUUGGUACCCUGUGUGACAACCCUUACUCAUUUGUAAAACGAAAAUGAAAGACAGAUUCUUCACUUCAGAGACUGUGGUGGUGGGGAUCUGAUUGUCAACAGUCACAAAUCACAGGGGAAGGUCCCUGCUGAGGACAAACUUAGGAGGACAGUUGGUCCAGGACCCACACCUGCUUUCUUCUUAUUUUCUGAUCCUGCCCUGGAUUGCAAUUAUACAUUUCUGGAAGCUUCUCUGGGAUCAAAGACUAGAGGGUUGCUCUAGGGCCUUAUAGCCCUGCCUCCUUUCUGGCCUCUCACAGGACAUUUUCUUCCCACAGAUAGAAACAGAGAGAGCUACACUCAGAUUGCAAGUAAAUGACUGUUUUUGCAUUUGGAAAACAUCUUUAAAGUAAAAACAGAGAAAUUUCUGGCCUUCUGGUGCAUACGUUCUAGGGAGAAGAGGCAGACGUAAGAUACACUAUGAGCAGAGGAGUGGAUAUUGUCCAUGGACAGCAUCACAGAUGUGUCUGAGGUUGGGGACUGCAGCUCCCGGAUCUCCUGUUCAUACAGCUGCCGGAGGAAGUUGAUCUCCUCAGUCAGCCCUUCCAGGUGAGACUCCAGCUCUACCUUGUUCAUGUCAGCUUCAUCCACAUUCUUCUUGAUGAGGACAAAUUCAUUCUCCAUCUUUGUGUGAUUAUUGAUCUCAUCCUCGUAUUUGUUCUUGAAAUCUUCCACCAGCCCCUGUGUGUUGCCAAACUCCACCUCCAGCUUUAGCUUUUCCUGGCCCAGAGUGUCCAGCUGCUGCCGAAGGGUGAUGUGGCUCUCAGUCAUGUGGUCCAUGUUCCUCUGAGUCAUCUUCUGCUGCUUUAGGAGGCUCCACUUCGUCUCCAUCAUCUUGAUCUACUGCUCCAGAAACCGUACCCUGUUGAUCAAAAAGGCAAAUUUGUUGUUGAGGGUGUUGAUCUGCCCCUUCUCCUGUGUGCAUUUGGCCUGGGUGUUGGGGUUCACCUCCAGCUUAAGGGGGCUCAGCAGGCUCUGGUUAAACAUGAUGGCUGUCAUGCCCCACAUUCCACAAGCCUUGCCACAGCCUCCACCCAGAGCUUUGCUGUGCCCAAGCCACCCUCAAAGCUGCUGCCACUGCUGCCCACUUAGGAGAAGCUCAAGGAGCUGAUGUGGGCACCAGGCCCGCUCAUGUAGGAGCAGCUGCUGAAGGCCUGGGGGCCAGAGAGGAAUACCUUGUAGUACUUCUGGGUCACCCUGAUGGACAUAGUGGGGUAAGUGUGCUGAGCCUGGCAGAGAUUCAAGAAGGAGCAGAGAAGCUGCUUCUAGGUCUUGAAGAAAGAUUUGAAGGAUAUAAGGAGAUAUCUGUGAGGAUGUAUAGGAAAGUUCUUUCCAGGCGACGAGGCUCCCAUGCAAUUACACUAGGUCAGGAUGAUGUCUGUGUUCUGGAAGUAGGAAGAGGCCGGAAGGGCUGGACAGAGUAACUGAGAUGAGCUCUGAGGUGUGGCCAGAGCAGACAGGCCUGGAGGGUGUGGGCAGGGUUUUCUCUUUCGCUCUGAAUGAUAUGGGGUGUUAGGGUACAGUUUUGAAAAGUGGGACAUGGCAGGACAUAUUCUUUAAAAGCUUCUCUCUGGCUGCUCUACUGAGAACAGAAUUGAGAGGUGGUGAAAGCGAGGCAGUAGAGAAAACAGUGGGAAAGGCAUGUAGCGUUUCAGGACAGAGAUGUCGGUUACCUAGACCUGGAUGUGAGCAGUGGAAAUAAUGAGAAGUGAUAGGAUUCUGUUUGCAUCAUAGUAUUUGCUAAUAAAUUGUAUCUUUGAUCUGAGAAAGAAGAAUCAAGGACAGCCAUAGUUUGAGACUGUGAGUGUAGAAGGGUGGAGCUGCUGUCAGUGGAGAUGGGGAGACUCUGGCAGGAGCAUACAGAGGAGACGGCAUCGCAGGCAUUCAGUGGAGGAGACAUCUACGAGGAGUGCAGGUGAGGGGCCCGGAUGCCUCUGCAGCUACAGCUUCACCAUCCAGUUACUCUCCUGCUUCCACCCCGCUGACCCCCAGUGUCUCAGGUGUCUCAGAGCCAGAGCAUUGAUUCUCUCCUGGGCUAUUUACACAGGUGUGUGAAAGGGAAGUUACGGUUUCCAAUUGGUUACAAUAAGUUACAGAUUAACAUUGUUCUUUCUUGGAUGACUAAGGGAAUGAUAAGACAAUCGGUAAUUAGAACACUUAGGAAGUGUAAAAUAGUGAAAAGAUUUUGAUUAGUUUAAAAAAGGCAAGAAAAGAAAAAUAAUGGAGCAAAAAAGAAGCAAUGUUAGAAAGCAGCAAAUGACAAGGUGAACUUAAACCCAAUUAGGGCGACAAUGACAUUAAACGUGAUGGACUCAAACACCCCAAUUAUAAGGCAAAUAA